AUGCGGCAUUGUGGUGGCGGGCGGUGGUUUCCGGUGGGCGCGGGCAGCGGCUGGGAAGCGCAGGGGGUGCUCAAGAAUGCAAAGGCAACGAUGGGGAGAACACCAGCGGCGGCGGGGAGAGCAUUGGCGGUGGCGGGGAGGGCGCCAGAGGACGAGCGUCAGCGGGGCCGGAGGGGGCCAGUGGCUGUGGCAGAUGCGUGGGAUUUGUCUCUAAAUAAUCUUGCUGGUGUUUUGCCCUCUUCUCUUGGCCAAUUAUCAAGCCAACUUUCUCUUUUAAAAUUAUUCUCAAACAAAAUCGAGGGAAACAUACCAAGCAGCAUUAGCAACCUAACAAUGUUGUCAUACUUAGACUUAUCUUACAAUCUUUUCAAUGGAACUAUUCCAUCCUCACUUGGUCAAUUUUCACAUCUUGAAAGAGUGUAUCUUCAAGGAAACAAUUUACGUGGAAGUAUUCCAAAAUUGUUAGGUCAAGCAAAAAGUUUUGGGAGGUUAGAAUUGAGUGAAAACAUGCUUUCAGGUUUAAUUCCAAAUAGUCUGGGUGAUCUCCCACAAUUAAGACAUCUUUAUCUGCAUCACAAUCAACUAUCAGGGAGAAUUCCUAGUAGUUUAGGGAGAUGCCAAACUUUGGAGUUGAUAGACUUGUCUCACAACAAACUAAGAGGAAAUAUUCCCCCAGAGUUCUUGGGUCUUAAAAAUCUCCAGUUUUAUUUCAACAUUUAUAGCAAUUUAUUACAAGGUUCUCUUUUGGAGAUGAGCAAGAUGGCAAUGGUCCAAGCAAUAGAUGUAUCUGUCAACAACUUCUCAGGUGAAAUUCCAAUUGCACUAUCAAGUUGCACAAAUUUACAAUAUUUGAAUCUUUCAUGGAAUUCAUUCAAUGGUACAAUUCCAACAGCAUUAGCAAAUCUCAAAAACCUUGUGGACAUUGAUCUCUCUAGCAAUAAUUUGUCAGGUGUAAUUCCAAUGGCUUUCCAAGAGAUGAAAACACUUCAACAUAUCAAUCUUUCUUCAAAUAGGUUAAUAGGAGAGGUUCCAAAGGGAGGAGCUUUUGCAACACUUAAUCAGUCAGCAAUUGUGGGAAAUCUUGGCCUUUGUGGCACAUGGAUAAAAUUGUCACCAUGCUCCAAAGAUAAAUUUUCAUCUAUCACUAAGAAGGGGAUAAUUCCUAUUGUGGUUGGAAUUACAAUUUUCAUCAUGUCUUUGCUAUUGUUUGCAAUUUCCUAUAGAUGGAGAAAUAGAAAGAUACCCACUCUGAAUGUUGGGCCCCCACAAAUCUCAUACAAAGAGCUUGUAGGUGCAACUAAUGGAUUCAAUGAAGACAAUCGUAUAGGAAUUGGUACUUUUGGAUCCAUUUACAAAGGGAUUCUAAACAAUGGUACAAAUAUUGCUGUUAAAGUUCUCAAUUUGAAAGAUGAAAAUACUCUCCAAACUUUUAAUAGAGAAUGUAAUGUGCUAAAAAGAGUUAGGCAUCGCAAUGUGAUCAAAAUCAUUUCAGUUUGUUCCAACCUUGAUUUUAAAGCAUUGAUUCUUCCAUUCAUGUCAAAUGGAAGUUUGAGGAGAUGGUUAUAUCCCGAAGGAGGAGAUGAAUGCCAAUUAAUUUUGGCUGACCGAUUAAGAAUAGCAAAAGAGAUAGCACAAGGAAUGGAAUAUCUACAUCAUCAUUGCUUUGUUCAAGUCAUUCAUUGUGACUUAAAGCGUGAUAAUGUAUUGCUCGGAGAUGAUAUGACUCCAUAUAUAUCAGACUUUGGCAUUACUAAACUCCUAUUUGGGGCUUCAAUGAACUCCUUGACUUCUACAAAUGCACUAAUGGGAUCUAUUGGCUAUAUUGCACCAAAGUAUGGGGUGGGUGGAACUAUUUCAACAAAAGGAUAUGUAUACAGCUAUGGAAUUCUACUUUUAGAGUUGUUGACCAGAAAGAGACCUACAGAUGGCUUAUUUAUAGAAGGAACAAAUCUACCAAAAUGGGUAGAUAUGAACUUUCCAAAUAAUAUCAUAGAAGUUGUGGACACCAACCUACUUAGAGAUGUUAAAGAAUCAGAAUCAUCAAUGAUAUUGUCAUGCCUUACUCAAUUUAUGCAAGUAGGGUUGGCUUGCACAAGGGAGCUACAACAACAACGACCAAAUAUGAUGGAGAUAGUCAAAAGAUUAGAAAAGAUAAGAGUGGCAUUUAUUGGUGCACAAUCAUUGCAAUUGCCCAUAGAUAUUUUGCCUUUACUUGAGAGUACAAGUGAUCUAAAAAAUACUAGUUCUGAGAGGGAUGAAAAUUGGUCUACAUCUACAUUUUAG